AUUUGCAUGUUUUGCAUCUUCGACUUGCUUGUGUUUAACAGGUUUCUAAAUCCUACAUCAAACGACUUUGCAUUGACUUCCCGGGUAUAACGUUUUUCCCAGCCAGGUACUCGGUGUGGUGAAGGCGGUGUAAGGUAUAAUCUCCGCACCUUGCUAUUACGGGUGUAAGUGUUUGGGAGGGUGGGUAGGUUGAGGGAAGAGACGUCUUGUGUGCGAAACAGUCUUGGAACUCGCAGCUGCUAUCUUUGCCCUGCUCCUUCUAGUCAAUAUAAUUACGUGCAGUCUGUACCCGGGGGCGCCACGCUCGCUCUCUGGGAGAACCUUUGGUCACGUGACACCUUGAUAGAUGUGCUGCGGAGCUGGCGGGGACAGGUAACAGCAGCGACACUGCACCCGGGACUUUGUUGCUGACAUCACGUGCCUGUGGAGCGUGACAUGUGUCCCCAGCGGUGACGUGGCGAGCGACGGACUGCCGUGACCCUCGCAGCAGUGACAUCACUUGUUCCACUGCUGGCUGUAUCGACCUCUGGCAGGCCUUCUGAUGACGACGAGUGAUCAAUAAUUUGUUUAUGUUGCAAUUGCUGCUUGUUCUUCUUUUGGAAGGGAAGGAGGGGAAAGUUCCCCUCCAGCAACUGGUUUAAGGACUGUCGAUACGUGACAUGAGCGGCAAGAACCGCUGGUCGUGAAAAGUAAACAUCAACUGUAGACCUCAGCUCCAAGAUUGAUCCAUUCCUUGCGCGCCGCAUGCCAUCUUGAAAGCUGGGCGUUCAACAGCCUUUUCUGUCUUUUCACCGAGGAAUGUAUAUUUGAUCGUCGAUGGAGGAGAUAAACUGAAAAAAAAUCCCACCAGUCGGACUGAGGGACUGAGCGAAGCGAAAAAACUGAGGACUUUGCUGAUCAAGACUUGUCCUUCCUGCUGGUGACAGAAAGACCGGAGGUUUUGAAAACUAAUUCUUUGGGAAGAUUUUUGAUAAUAUUUUGUGUUUUCUUUCGAGCGCGAGUGGUCACCUGACAUUUUAAUUUUUAUCGUUUAUUCGGCAGUAUAAACAUUUGUUUUUUCCUGUGGUCCUUGGUUUCGGAGGGCAAUGACGAAGGCAGGUGAUAUAUGUGUUCAGCUGUGCGAGCGCACGCGAGGAUUACCAAAGCUGGUUCUGUGUUUGUUCCUGGUGAUCCUGCAGGGCACCAUGUUCAACCUGUACAUGUACAUGUGGAUGGGUCCUAUCUGGUUGUGCUGGUUUCUCUACGAUGGUCUGAACGUGGGGUUACUGACUGUGGCCUUUGUCCUCUCCUCCCGGUCUGUGGACGAGCAGCGAAAAGGACAUUUCAGCCGCAGGACUAUCGGGUGGCUAGCCUGGCUAGUUCUAGAGAUUGGCGUGAUGGUGCGGAUGCUGAUCGGCUUCCUGAAUUUUUGCAAGUUGAUGGAGGAGAACACUUUUUUCGGGCCCAGCACCUUCAAGACCACCAUCGCCCUCUCGUCCGCCAUCUUCCUCCUACUGCUGACGUCACACUACGAGGCGCCCUAUGGCUCCCCCCAGCGGCUGUACGUUGUGGAGCUGACUGGCACAGUGCUCUUUGACCUCAUCGACGUGGUGGAGGCUGUGGACGUGUUGUUCGUCAAGGAAGCCGUUGAAUCCCUGAAUCCUACCAUGGAGGUUGCCAUCCUUGUGGUCGCCAGCAUCAACCUCUUGUUACCCACAAUCCCGUUUGUUACCCUGAGCAUCACGGGAUUCGGUCAGAGACGCCUGUCAAGUCUCCUCGUGUCGGCACACAAGGCCUUGGUUUCCGUGGCCAUCAACCUGCCCAACCUCGUCAUCCGCUUGAUCCUCUGGCACGGCUUCAGCGUGGGCAUCUCGGUCUUCGUCCUCAAGAACAUCGUGGUCAUCGUUCUGACCACCUACAGCUUCUACGAGCACAAGCACGACAAGUAUCACCAGCACAAACAUGAAGAGCGGGAGAAAUCGUGGGAGAAGCAGCAGCUGGAGAUGACGGCCCACCACGGACGAGCGACCAUGACCCCGGAGGACAAGCCAAUGGAGGCGGGUCACGCGAGCGAAGGUCACGAUGAGAAGAAAGCUGCGGCGGAGAGUGACAAGCAUCAUUGCAGGGUGGAAGCGGAAGAAAAGACAACCCCGUAUCACGGAAAACGACGGGAAUCGGUGGCAUAAAAUUGGGAAUUAAAGGGAAAGGGGGAAAGAAAUACAAGAAAAAAUUCGCGACGGGAAGAGGUGAGUGACAGAACCGGCACACCUGAGCAGGGAUUAUUUUAUCCUCUUCAUUCUACACCAUUGGCUAGGUUUAGUCGCUUGUACCGUGUCCAGCCUCUUCAAGUUUGUUGCCAAAAACAGAAAUAGCAAGUUACAACGAACAUCCGUUUAAUAUAUUGUAAGUAGUACGCUUCGUUAGCGCACAAUGUUGAGAAUAAUAUUAUGACCUGGUUCCUCAUCACCAAAGAUGUGUUUUGUCGAGAAUGAUUGCUUAAAAUUCAGAUAAUGACCACUGAAAUACUCAUUGGUCAUGGAAAAUAACCGGUGAAACAGUUGUUUGACUGUGUCUGCUGAAAUAAUAAUUUGUCACUGGUCGUUGACUGGUCAUUGAAAACUUGCUGGACUUAGAUGGCUUUCUUGUUUGACAUGGAUCAUGGUGACUGAAAUACUUGCUCGGCAUGAAAGUGGACACCUAGAUACUUGUCUAACAUGAUUGUCAUCUGUUGGUACGCACGUAAGCAUGGUUUAGCAAGAAAAUUUCCGAGAUCACUCUGCACUGCCUCUAAAAGUAGCUUACAUUGUGUACAAGUAUAUUUUACCAUGACCAUGUCCUCUCCUUCCUUUUUUAUAUUACUGCAGGUGUGAUGCCCAGACAUCACAGUAAUCAGAGACUUGUUAUCUUUCCUUAGAGCCAUGUGUGCUUUGGGCAGGAGGUGUGGGGAGAUAAAGUUAAUGAACAAAAGACAAAAGUCAUCUCUUGAGGAAGAGGAAAAAUAUCCUAACAGUUGUCAUGACUAUGUGAGAAACUCUUCAAUCAAGAAACAUAAUUUAAAAACAAGGCGUUUAAGACAAUCAUUUAAUUUAUGUACAUCUUUUAAAAUAUGUGGACUGUUGCUUUUCUAAACAUUUAGCUGGAAUAUUCUGACAAUGCCUUAGUAUUUGCGUGGAUCAGAAAUAUGAUGUUACACCAUUCAUCUGCUGUGUUGCUUUCGUGGUAGGUAAUUACAUAAUGAAACCAGAAACAUGUUGGUAAACAUUAUUUUAUGUUUUUAUGAUUAAGUUGUGAUAUGCUUUACUUCACUUCAAUAUUAUUAAACAGACAGAAGCUGCUCAUCUAUCAUGUACUUUUGCUAACUCCUCAAUGCUUCACGCUUAUGUUAAACAGACAUUUUGCUAAUCGUCCUAUGCUAACUUUAUUUGGAGUCGCAACUGUUAAUUCUUUAUCACUGACCGCUAACGCUAAACAUCCGCAUUUUGUUAAAUAUUUGUGUACAUAAGUUCACUGGAAACACAUGUCUAGUGUAAGUCUUCACUGCAUUUCUCUAAGGAGGGUGAAUCCAGGGAGCCAGGAGGGAGUCCGGACAGUUGUUGAACUGGUCGCUGAACUAUUCAUGAUUUCAACUCCUUGUUGCAUUUAUAAAUAACCAAAAACUUAUUGUAACCUGUUGACUCACAAAUGAUGAAUUUCAUAAAUAUGCACAUCAAUACUUGCAUACAAACAUGAACAUAUUGGCAUAACCUCUACAUAAAUAAGAAAUACACGCGCGCAAACACGCAAACACACACACAAGGACAGUGAGUUACUUCAUUUUUCUUUAGAAAUAAAG